AUGUUUCCGUCGAGCAAUGGCUUCUACGUACGUCCACAACCAAUCGACGUCUCCACCUUCGCCGUAGAUCAGUUACCGCCCAUGGAAGCAAGGGCAAGGAGUGGAUUAGCGGUAACAAAUCUUCUGCUCAACGGGCUAAAUCCUAUUGAACCAAUCACAGAGAAGGCCAAGAAGUUUGGCGAUCCGUUGCGAGCACGAAGAGAUGCCGACAUACCGCCAGAAGCAGAGGAGGAGUCGACCACUGGCGAUAGUCAAAAUCAAGUGGAGCUACCCAUGGGG